AUGGGUAACGAUCGGAGAUGCUCGGUCUCCGUUCUCUAUUCUCCAUUCACCAGUGCCCCACCGCCGAUGAAGCCACAGAGACACACUACAGGCGACGCCAUCCCAGAUCCAACACUCGACCACUCUCUGCUCCUCAUCCAGCAAGACCCACUGGCUAGCUCAUCCAGUGCCCAUAACCGCCUACUUCCUCCUCUUCACCCACUGCCACAAUCUCAUAAUUUUGCCCUUUUCCCAAACCAUAUCCACCAACGCCACACCCAAAAGGGUCCUUUCUCCACCAACCGCACCCACCACAUGUUCGAUGAAGUUUAUCACUGA